AUGAAUAGAUUUGACAGCUCCUCCAAACAGGAAAAGGAUGAUAAAAACACAAAAAUUAAUUGUGUCAAGCAAACGAAAAUAUUGGAAUUGGAUUUGGACUACUUGGAGCGGGGCGGAGGGACCUUGACAGUGGCAGGUGCACCUAGUGUGGAGCCGAGCCCUGACAGUCUGGAUCUCGUCAAAGUGGUUCUGCUCGGUGCCCCUGCCGUCGGAAAAACCAGUAUUAUACAGCAAUUCGUCUGGAGCGACUUCUCCGAGGAGUACGUGCCCACUGACCGGAAGCACACGUUCUACCCGUCGGUGAUCAUCAACGAGCAUCUGUACGAGGUGAAGAUCACCGAUGUGCCCGUGAUACCGUACUUCCCGAUAAACUCCUACUACGAGUGGGCGCACUACCGCUUCUACGGGCUCCGAAACGCCACCGCCUACAUCCUAGUGUUCGAUCUCUCCAACGUGGAGACGUUCCAGUAUAUCAGGACGUUGCGCGACCAGAUGGUCGAGAGCAGGGACAUGAGGAACGUGCCCGUGCUGGUCGUCGGCAACAAGCAGGACCUGCUGUGCAGCAGCACGCCGUCUGCAGUCACAGGUCUCCAGCAGCUGGCGAUAGCAGAAAGCGCUUGCGGCGACUCGCGGGAGAAACGUCGCAAUAUUGUAAACCUAGUUCGGAAACACUGGAAGUGCGGCUAUGUGGAGUGCUCGGCGAAGUACAACUGGCGCGUGAUAGCAGUGUUCAAGGAGCUGAUGGAGAUGAUAGACGCCCUCGAAUGGAGUGGAGGCGGCCGCAGCGCCGAGCCCCCGCCCGAUUCUGCCACCGCCGGAGGGACUGGCACGCACGAGAACCGGUGCGCGAUUGCU